AUGAAUAAUCGCUCCAUCGCCUGGUGGCUGAGGCAGAUCGGCCUGCCCCAGUACACUAAGACCCUGGAGAGCGAAUAUUACGGACUAGAGGGUCUGAUGAAUGUAAACGACCAUGAGCUGAAGGAGGUGGGGAUCGAGGACGCCUCGGACAGAGAAACCAUCCUGACUGAGCUUCUCAGGCACCGCCAGAAUCUGGAACCUCAAGCUGGUGUGCAAUUGGAGCGCAGGGUAAGCAGGAAGUACUCACUGGGAUCGUCCAUGGAUUUGGUGAAGCCGAGCAAGGAUUUGUUCCGUCAGAGUGUCCUGCCCCGCCUCCACCGAGCGGACAAAAAGCAGCGCCUCUCCUCGUCCUGCUCCCAGCUGCGACCCCUGGACGAGGACCAGGCUUUCGGCACGCUGGACAGCUGUCGGGAGAGCAAGCGCAGCAAAAGGAGGAGCGUCGCCGUAUACUUGAGCCAUCUGAAGGUUUUUGGAGGUCGUAAAGAGAUGGACUCACUGAAGAAGGAGCUUGAAGAAGAGCUGAAGCUCAGCACUGAAGACCCCAGGAGCCACGCCUGGUACCACGGACCCCUCACCAGAGAGGCUGCUGAGGCUCUCUUCGAGAGGGACGGAGACUUCCUGGUGCGUGACUCCAGCUCGUCCCCGGGCGACUACGUCCUCAGCUGCUACUGGAGGAACGAGCCCAUGCACUUUAAGAUCAUACGGGUGGUCCUGAGACCCAAAAAGGGCUACUCCCGGGAGUUGUUCCAGUUCGAGGAGGACCGCUUCGACAACGUUCCCGCUCUGAUCCGUUUCUAUGUGGGCGGGCGACGGCCCAUCUCUCAGGCCUCGGGCGCCAUCGUCUUCCACCCGCUGACCAGGACGCUGCCUCUGCGCGUCAUCGCCGAGCGACAGCAGCCCGACUGUAAGAGCGGCGCAGGAAGAUCGGCGGAGGGGAAGUCCCGUCAGGAACGCAGCAAGCGGCUCAGCUUCAGCAGCACCCACGGAGAUGCCCUGCACAUUAACCCUCUGCUCAGGAGCGGGAGUCACCCCGGCAACUUGGAGAACCUCGGGUGCAGGCCUUCGCUCCAGUCGGCCCAAUCGGAUAGCAACCUGAGGCCUGGCGCUCCUCAGAACGUCAAACCGGAGGACGUCGUCCCACCUCCCAUCUCUCCAGUGUUCCGCACAGGGAGUGAGCCCCUUCUCAGCCCCAAACCGGAACAAACGCGUCCCUGCCAUCCGGGUGGGGGUGUUACGCUGCGUGGGUCCGAUGGGCAGCUGCACUCCCGAGCGCCCCCCAAGCCACUUAGAAUAUCUGCAGUGUUCCCCAAAGCGCACCGACCCACUGCGCCGUCGGACCAGGAGGACGACCCGUCUGCUUUCUAUGACGAGCUGGUCGUUCAGGUUCCUCAGUCCCGGCGCAAAGGCCACGUGGAUCGACUCCGAGCAGAGGAAAAGUGGCAGAGUCGGGCGCGGAUCACCGAAACCUCAUUUGGGUUCCUGGAUGCCGACAACAAGAGCGAGGUGGCGUCCCGCCUGCCGGAACUUCCCGAAAAGGAACACUUUGAACGUCCGCAGAUUGAGUGGAACUCGUGCUUCCAGUUGGACCGGUUCGAGUCGCUGCUGUUGCCGGACAACAACCGUCCGCUGGAGCCGAGCGUCCUGCUGGCGCUGAAGGAGCUUUUCAAUCGCUCGGACCCCAACCUUACCGCGCUGCACAUGCUCAGCGUGGACUGCCAGGUGGCGCGCAUCGUGGGCGUGACGGCCGAGCAGAGGAGAAUGAUGGGGGUGGGCUCGGGGCUGGAGCUCAUCACGCUGCCGCACGGCCGACAAUUGCGCCAAGACCUGCUCGAGAGGCACCAUCUCAUCGCGUUGGGCGUGGCUGUGGACAUCCUGGGCUGCACGGGCACGGUGAGCCAGCGGGCCACGGUUCUGCACAAGUUCAUCCUACUGGCGCAGGCCCUAAAGGAGCACGCCUGCGACCUCUACGCCUUCUCCGCCGUCAUGAAGGCGCUGGAAAUGCCUCAGGUGAUGCGACUGGAGAUGACCUGGCGCUCGCUGAGGAGGAAUCACACGGAGAGCGCCGUCCUCUUCGAGAAGACGCUCAAGCCCUUCAUGAACUCGCUCAAUGAGAGCAACGAGUGCGUUUUGGGAGGGGCGGUGGCCGUGCCCCACCUGGUGCCCGCGCUGCAGCUGCUGGAGGGCGAGGACGGCGUGGAGGACAGCGAGCGAGGCUGCCAGAUGCUCUAUGACGUCCUGCAGGCGGCGCGCCGCCACGCCGCUCACGCACGCGACUACCGGCGGCACGCCAGCGCUCUCCUUAAGGGCGACUGGACGCCCAUUCCCGAAUUGCUGGAGGCCUUCCGGACCGAGUUUGCCCUGCGACUUUUCUGGGGCCAGUCAGGGGCGGAGGCGGACAAGAAGGAGCGCCACGACAAGUUUGACAAAAUUCUCUGCGUGCUCUCGGACAAACUGGAACCGGUCGAGAUCAGACCCGAAGCGACCCGGCCUCUCAGCUGAGAGCGCGGAAAAGGCUUUCCCGGUGAAAAUGUGAUUCCGGUCAGGAUGGAGAAAGAAGUCUUUGUCAAAGUUAAAUCAAACGCAACCAGUGGACCUUUCAUGCUUGAAGUGGACCGCAAACAUCACUUCAAUUUGCUUUUGUGAGGAAAAGGUUAUUUCAAGUCAGGACGGGCGAGACAGAACUUUCGUCUGUACCAACUUCUGCGUUAUUGUGAGAUGAGACAAAUAUACCAUAACAGACAACGCUCUGUCAAAUAUUAAAUUAUGUGGAUGCAAUAGGAGCCUCGCUGGUUUGGAGUUAGCAUGUUUUACCCCGUGCCUGCGCGUUUUGUUUUUUUUCCAGAUAAUUUCAAUUUCUUCCCACAUUCCAAAAAUGUGCUCGGUAGGUCAAAUUACGCUUUUAAAUUCCCUGUGGCUGUGAAUGGUUGUUUGUUUCUAUGUGCCCUACGAUUGGCUGACGACCAGUUCAGGGUGCACAACCCCCUGGCUCCCACUCACAGAAAGCUGAGGUACGUCCCAGUGCACCUUUGACCCUAGUGAGGAUAAGCGGUGAAUGAGUGAAUGUGAAUAAUGUACAACGAGUGGACCCUUCAGGCAUUGCAGUUGCACAAAUGUGAUUUUGAUUGGUUUGUCAAAAUUAAAUUCUACAUAUGAGUGGAUUUCAGUCUUGUCGGACCGGACCCCCAAACUUCUCCCAUAAGACUGAUGAAAAUGUGAAUUCAAGCAUCCACACAACAAGUCACCCUUUCAGUCUUUAAGUGUACCACAGCCCGUCUAAGCAGUUGUACAAAGUGGACCGCAGUCUUUUGGGAUGAAAAUGAGAUUUAAAGCGACGGAAGAGAACUCCUUCUCUCGGUUAAAUUGCAGAUGCGAGAGGACCCCUGAAGUCUCCGAGAACUGCAGCCCGUCAAGGCAGCUGUGUGAACACCUCCCAGGAUUCCAAAGACUUUGUGAGAAAUGUCAAUUCGGACAUUACGGACGUCAUUGUGAAAUUGUACAAGCGGACCCUUUGUUUUGAAUUUGAUCACAGCCUAUCUAGGCAGAUCGUUUUUUAAAAAAAUUAUUAUGGGUAAAUGUUGGCAUACACAGUUGAUGCUGCCACA